CGGUUCGUUCGCAUUUCUUCUCUAUCUUAUAUAAUAUUAUAUUUUCCUCCUAAAUCAAUUUUUUCACUACCAACAACAACAACAAUAAUAACAACAAAAACAACAACUCAAACUAUUCUCAACUCGCGUCAACCUCACUUAACCUUUACCACUAAACCUAAACCUAAAACUAAACCUUAAACUACAACAACUACAACUGCAACUAAAACUAAAACUAAAACUACAACUAAAGCUAUACUUUCCGUAUAAACAUUUAUUUUUGACUCGACAAAGUUUUUGGUUUCAAAUUGUUUCCCAACAACAACAACAACAAAAGCCAAACCAACAAACGAGCCACAAAACGAGGCAAUAAGAGCCACAGCCGAAGGAUAUAUAUAUAUAUAUGUAUAUACGCUCGUAAAUCGAACCCAAAUCGGAGAGGAGACCACCCCCCGCAGCAAGCCGAACCGAAAGCGUUAUGUUUUGAGUCCAUUUCGUGUAAAAACAAACGUAAACGUAAACGCAAAUGUAAAAAUCGAUAAGCCACACGCAGCCAACGCGAGCAACGUGUCCGUGUCCCGUGUCCGUGUCCGUGUCCCGUGUACGUGAAAGUGUCUGUGUCCGGGUACGGGUCCGUGUAUGGGAGAGCAGCAGCAGCAACAGCAGCACCAGCAGCAGCAGCAGCAGCGCCGAGGACUGACCCAAAACGUGGCUCCCAACUCCCAGCCAAACUCAAUGACGGAUACGGGUCUGGGUGCCAGGUGGUCUGACAACGAAUCAAGCGCAGAAAUGUGUAAAGUGGCUGUGAAAUCCGAGGAAUCCUAACCAACAAAAACCAAACCAAAUCUAAAGUAACAACAAACAACCAAAAAACACAAAACAACAAAACCCAAUCCAAUCCAAAAAAUGCGAACCUAAACUUAAAGGAGGCAACAAACGGGAGAAGAGACAGCAGACGGCAGUCAGCAGUAUGCCCAGUCCCGACAACCUGUACAAGUAAAUCUCUAAGAUACUUUCGGCGAGCCAAAUCUAUUUUCACAUGCGUCAUCAGUUCUUGCGAAAUAAAAUCAGCAACGUUUCCUUUCCGCUUUGCCACCCCCAACAACGAAUAUCCCUCAGACGGUCUUUGCUCGUUCGAAAAUCGAAACUCGCUUCAGCACUUUACUACCGCUCCUCCCUUGGAUCGACCUGGAUCCAACGCUCCUCCAGCUACAGCUACAGCAACAGCAACAGCACUAAACCUCAGCCUCACAGCUGCCUUUGACUUUGCCUUAGCCUUUACCUUUGCCGCUUCCGUUAGCCAAGAUGCCACGCUGCCUGAUAGCCAAGAAAUGGAAGGCCUAUCCCUGGCUGGAUCGGUCCGAGGACAACACACAACAGCCGCAGCAACAGCCGCAGCAACAGCAGCAACAUGCCACAAACACAUCGACUACUUCCAGAGAUGAAGAUCUGUCGCAUCUCAAAUCGCGUCGCUCCACCCUCGACGAUGACGAGGAGAUCGAUGUUGUGGGCGAUAAAUUCCUGACCAAGUUGGAAAAGCAACGCACAACCAUUGCCUCAGUAGCAGCAACAGCAGCAGCAGCAGCAGCAGCAGCCACCGCCGCAGAAGCCACAAAUAACAGCAGCAGCAACAGCAGCAGCAACAGCAGCACAACAACCACGACAUCGGCCAAGUGCUGGGGUCCAAGCUCCCCCACGGCGGGCACCACGGCGCCCAGUCCGCCGCCCCACUCCCCGGAGGCGGCGACGCGAGUGGCCAGCAAUGUUUACAACGGCUACACCCGCGAACUGUCCCCGCUGCACUACACCGCGUACCUGCCCCGCAUGGAGAGCGAGAUCACCGUCAUCCGUGCCGCGGCCACAGCCCUGGUGGCAUCCGCCACCAACGGCAACGGCAGCAGCACGGCCGGAGAUCAGCACCUGGCCUCGUACCAGACACCGCCAUCAUCCACCACAUCGUCGCCCUCGUGCUCGCCCAGCGGCGCCGGCGAUCGGAUGGUGGAUCGCUACAGUCCGCACAUCAAGAUGGAAACGGGCCAGACGUCGAGUGAGCGCAAGUGCUUCAGCAGCACGGGAGCCACGCUGUCGCUGCCGCCAAAGAAGAAGGACAUCUAUCGGCCGUACUCGCUGGACGACAAGCCGACGCAGGGGUACCGCAAGCGGAUACCGGCCGAGGAGGACCUGCACGCCGCCCACGCCAUACUGGACCUGAGCGCCUCGACCGCCUUCCACCCGCCCACGCAGCCACACCAGCUGCAGCAGCAGCAACAGCAGCAACAGCAUCAUCAACAGCAUUCCCAUCACCUGCCCCUGCAGCAGCAGCAUCAGCAUCAGCAGCAGCACGCGCUGGUCCACUCCCACUCCGCAUCGUUCGAGGCGCAUGCGCAUCUACGGAGCACGUCAUCGAUUGCCGAAUUGGCUGCUGCAGCCAGCGCGGUGAACGAACAACGCCCCUCGAGCAACGCCUCGAGUGCCAGCUCCCAGCACGCGAUGCCCAGCAGCCCGGCCAGCAGCAGCCACGGCAGCAUCCUCAGCUGCAGCGGCAGCGGCAGUGGCAGCAGCGUGCAGAAUGAGAACAGCAACACGACCAACACGAAUCAGGAGUGCGACGGCGGGUCGCUCGAUGACGAGGCGGGCGGCACGCAGGCGGCCAAGACGGUGGCUUAUACCUACGAGGCCUUCUUCGUGAGCGAUGGACGCUCCAAGCGGAAGCAUGUGGCCGAUCCGGCCGCCGUGGUGGUGCAGGACCAGCAGAAGACCAAGUACACCUGCUCCGAGUGCGGCAAGCAGUAUGCCACAUCCAGCAACCUGUCGCGCCACAAGCAGACGCACCGCUCCCUGGACUCGCAGUCGGCCAAGAAGUGCCACACAUGCGGCAAGGCGUACGUGUCCAUGCCGGCCCUGGCCAUGCACGUGCUGACGCACAAACUCUCGCACAGCUGCGGCGUCUGCGGCAAGCUCUUCUCGCGCCCCUGGCUGCUCCAGGGCCAUCUGCGCUCCCACACGGGCGAGAAGCCGUACGGCUGUGCGCACUGCGGCAAGGCCUUCGCGGAUCGCUCCAACCUCCGCGCCCACAUGCAGACGCACUCCGUCGACAAGAACUUCGAGUGCAAGCGCUGCCACAAGACAUUCGCGCUCAAGUCGUACCUCAACAAGCACCUGGAGUCGGCCUGCCUCAAGGACGAGGAGGAGCUGAUGAUGGCCAUGUCGCUGCACGGCCACGGCGGCGACAGUAACAGCGAGAGCGGCGCCAGCAUGGCAUCCUCGCCCCCGCACGAGUUCAUCGAACGCGUCAAGGUGGAGUGCCCCAAUGGUGUGGCAGGAUCGGGACUGGGUGGCAACACCUAUGCCAUGUAAUGCAAUGCGGCAAUGUAAUGUUUGAGUAAGUGGAAGUGGCUGCAGGGCUGCACGGCUGCAGAGCUGCUGGUUAGUUAAUUUACCGUUAAUGUUAAAGUUACCGUUACCAUUUACCAUUUACAACUAGGUUAACCGAUAGCAGUUUUUAUAUAGAAUACGAAUACGAUGCAUACAUCACAAUACGUCCAAAAGCAAAGUGUAGUAGAGUAACACAGAGACUGUAGAAAAUCGCAUUAGACACGUUAGGCAGCAAAACAAACAAACAAACAAAAAACAAAACAGAAAAGAAGAAACAGAAACAAAACGAAAAACAAGCAAAAACACCUAACCAAUCCAAUCUGGUUCUUCUUAUAAAGUUAAGCAUUGAAGAGUUGAACAUUCCUAAACAUUCCCCACAUUCCCUAUACAUAUACACAUAUAUAACAUAUAUAUACACGACACACACGACACACAAACACAGAGAGCCUUGUGUAUGAGGUGCUAUAUACCGAAUGCAUUCCGUAAACCUGAACAAAACUAAGCAACAAUUCUAUGCCAGAGCGCAGCUAUAUCUAAUCUAUCCAAAACUACUUAACGAAGCAAACAAACAAACAAACA